CGCUACUCACAGUUACGUACCGCACGCCGUUUCGCGAUAACGCAACUAACAGACGUGACGUUAGGCUUGUUCCUCGACACACGUCUCGUAUGCGUGAAAAUAAAAGUAUUUCUAAACAAUUUCAAAAGAAAAAUUAAAAACAAUAAAAAAACGAUCAGACAGGUCACAUUUUUGACCAAUACUUAUUUGGUAACGCGGCGAUUAGAUUCACACAUCAGGACUGCUGGUGGUGUUUUAUUCCCGAAACAUGAUGCCUGCAUCAUAAUAGGUACAAUAAUCCGUUUUUAGAGUAUAAGAGACAAUUGUUUUAAUUUUUUUUCUCAAAAUCUCUUCUAAUCGUUACCGACUUCGGCUGACCGGUACGACCACGCGUGCCAUGGUCGGCUUUUAUUGCAUGUUCCAUCCAUAACCGACCGUGACCGUGGACGUAACUGCUACUACUAUCAUCGCCGAAAAAGUUCGUCACCAAUAAUAAUAUAACAAUACGUGUAAAAUAUUGACACCACGAAGUUAUCGACAAGUCGUGAAUAUACUGAAUAUUAUACACACGCUGGGACAGCAAGAAAACGAAAGGAAAAAAUAAAGUAUAUAAUAUACGAGUCGACACCGCACAGCCAUGCAGCGCAGAGGGGCUCGUGAUUUUUCCAUCGUCUUGGCCGUAUUCGCCGCUUGUUUUAUCGGCCAACUGACGCUCGGCAUCCACACAAGAGAAUGCGAUGAAGCACUGGGUAUGGAAUCCGGCGCCAUUCCGGAUUCAGCGAUCACAGCUAGUUCGUCGUACAACGUGCCAAAUGUCGGACCGAGCAACGGAAGGUUAAAAGUGGAACGUGCCGGGGGUGGUUGGUGCCCCAAACCACCGGUAGAACAAGGCGUCCGAGAAUGGCUACAAGUGGAUUUCGGGUCUGUGCAUAUGAUCACAGGAGUACAAACUCAGGGACGAUUUGGUCAUGGGCGUGGACUGGAAUAUGCUGAAGAAUAUACAUUGGAGUACUGGAGACCCGGGUUGGCAGAAUGGAAACCGUAUAAGAGAUGGGACGGAAAACAGAUAAUGUCCGGCAACACGGAUACCUCGACCGUGAUCUCGCACCAUCUGCUUCCGCCCGUCUACGCAUCGCAAGUACGCAUAUUGCCGUAUAGCGUUCACCGUCGCACCGUUUGCCUGAGGGCAGAGAUCAGAGGAUGCCCGUCCGACCACGGAAUAAUUAGCUAUACGAUCCCGUUGGACGGACCUGCAAGUGAUAUUACGGACGUAUCAGACCUUUCGUAUGACGGUGUGGUACGUGGUGACAAAAUUCAAGGAGGUCUCGGACGUUUGGUCGACGGUGUGCGCGGAGAGGACAACUAUAAAAUGGAUAUCGGUUACGGAAAAGGUAACGGAUGGGUUGGAUGGCAUAAAGAAUCUUUCUCAAAGGGAUUUGUGGAACUUAUAUUCGAAUUUAGCGAAGUAAGAAAUUUUUCGGCUGUGCACAUAUUCACCAACAAUUUUUUCAGCAAAAACGUACAGGUUUUCUCAAAAGCGAGGAUACAGUUCAGUGUGGGUGGACUACACUAUCACGGACGAUCUGUUUGGUAUACAUACAUGCCAGAUACUGUGUUAGAAAAUGCGAGAGAUGUUGACAUACAAUUGCAUAAUCAUGUUGGCAAGUACGUGAAAAUCCAACUUUACUUCUACAGCAAAUGGAUAAUGAUAAGCGAAGUGAAGUUUGAUUCCGAACCGUUGGCUCAGAACGUGACGGUGGACGCGGACGCGCCGUUCGAGGAUGAGCAGCUGGUUGGAGGAGCGGUGGAUCCGCCUUGGGACUCGCCCGACACCACUGCACACAAGGAAAAGGAUGACAGGACCAGUGGAGGGCUAGUAGAAGUGCUCAUCGGCGUGCUGACGGCCGCCACGCUCAUCUUACUUGGUAUUUGCGCCAUUGUGUUAGCUCUGAGUCGCCGCAAGAAGCAUCAGACCAUCAGCACUUCGAUAUUCAAAAAGCCAUUUGGAGUAGCGAUCAACAUGAAGGAUAUAUUCAUGAACUUAUCGCCUCACAACAACAACACUACCACCGUUAUUAACAACAAAAACAACAACCACAAUCAUAGUUUGGUCAUCGGAGGCGGUAAUCGCCACAUCACAGAGAACCCAUUGGCGGUCGGCGAACAGAUGCGUAGCGAUAGUUUCGCGUCAGAUACUUACGACAAAUCACAGCAUGUCGUCUACGAAACGCCACUAUUAGCCCGCAAAGACUACGAGACAAUUAGGAGUAGCAAAGACGCAAGGAGCACGAUGUCUGCAAAAGAAUUUUGUCGCAGUGACUCGGAACGCGGAUCGCUGAGCAGUCUGGAAAUCGACAUCCGGGCCGCCGAAUAUUCGACAAGAGACAGCGUCACUUCGUUGCACUACCGAAGCUUGCAGAGUCAACCGCCGCCUCCACCCGUGCCGGUUCAGGUCGAUGCCCUGAUUCGGCCAAAACACCUCCAAUGCAACAUCACCGACGUACCGGUCACCAGGAAAAGGUUUCACACAGCGCCUCGCGAAAAGCACAGGAUGGCACCUCCUUCGGUGUCAUGGAACAUUAGUCCCAGCAUGGGCCAAGUAUACAAGUGCCGGGAAGCGGAAAUUGUUCAGAUACCGCGAUACUGUUUAAAUGUGGUUAGUAAACUUGGCGGCUCGCACUUGGGCGAAGUAACCGUAUGCGAGACAACGAUAGACAUCCGUAUGACAGACAAUGGACGUGUAGCGGCUAAGACUUGUAACUCCGACUCGACCAGGGAAGUCAAAUUCCUGUGCAGCCUGCUCGACCCGAACCUGGUGCGCGUGUUCGGCGUGUGUACCACUGAGUCACCGCCGUGGUUGAUCACUGAGUACCCAGCAGAGCUUGGUGACCUAGUCAUUGUGUUAAGGACGCACUCCGCUCUCACGUACACGACGCUUAUGUUCAUGGCCACUCAAAUCGCAUCGGCCAUGAAGUAUCUAGAAUCCAAGAAUGUGGUACACAAAGACUUGGCGGCCAGAAACUGUCUGGUUUCGAGAGGCUAUUCGAUUAAAGUGGCCGACGUGGCAGUAUGUAAUCCGGCUUACAAAAAGGACUAUAGCGAAAUCGGAAACAGACCUCCGGCACCGAUUCGAUGGCUUCCGUGGGAAAGCAUAUUAUUAGAUCGAUAUACGUGUCCGAGCACAGUAUGGUCAUUCGCUGUAACAAUGUGGGAAUUAUUGAGUAUGGCUAGAGAUAAACCAUUCCCGCACCUCACCAAUGAGCAGGUCAUACACAACGCUGAACAGAUGUACUACGGAGGAGAGCUACAAGUACUAUUACCCAAACCCAACCUGUGCCCUACCGAGAUUUACGAGCUCCUGUGCCAAUGCUGGAAACGUGAUCAAAAUCUAAGGCCCACGUUCAAACAACUUUACCAUUUCCUGAAACGCAAUCACACAACGUACUCGUGUGAGAUCGACAAGCAACUGCACAACGUUUCACCGAUAUAA